UCACAGGUUAGUUCAUUAUUCCUAUGGUUGCAGCAUCUCCUAUAUCACGCUCACUACUUGCUCGUCUGGACCCACCGCGAUACCUACGAGACUCAGAAGUGGAUCGCUCGGACUUGACCGAGGUCCUUGAGGCGAUACUCCGCCGACCAGCAGUGACCGCUCCAUCCACUACUACUGCCGCUGAUCGCGCCCCGCCGAUCUUGGUCAAGCUCGGCCCCCUGCCUGCGCGGGUCGGAGCGAGAGCGUUUGGCGAGACCUUGAAGUCUCUUGGUGUGAACCUGAGGUCGGUGACGGUACGAAGAAGCAAAGACUUUUCUCACUCAAUGGUGUAUGCUGAGGUCUAUGAGCGGAGCGAUGUUGAUAUUAUCCUCUCCCGGCUCAAUAAACGAGCCUAUGUUAUCAAUCUAGGCGACGAGGUUGGGCCUUGUCACGUUUGUUUGAGUGUAACUGUUCUCGACGACCACGACUUGUCCAAAGUUCUGUCGCUCUCCGGCGUCGUUGAGGUCAUUCGUAACGUCUAGCUGGCCAGUCCUACCCUCAUGGUUUUCGUUCCCCUUCACUUUUCAUCGCGGCUAACAUCAUCGCUCAGCUUCUGUUCGUCAUUUGAGUUGAUGUUUGUUUUAGCCGUUCUGGUCCAGCCUGUGAUGAGGGUUUCAUUUUCGUCUCUGUUCGGCAUACAGCGUAUGUCGUGCAUAAUUGUACACACUGCUUCUCUUGGCAGUGUCUCCUACUACUACCAAAACACUUCGUCUCGCAAGAUGAACGCGAUUUGUCUGGAGUUGUGUUGACUUGUGGGGUAUGUCCUAUCUAGUUUGCUAGUAGACCUCCACCCUGUCGGACGGUGUCGAGAUGGGAAAGGGUGGUCACUGUUGAGUUCAUCGUUGCUUCUGGUCUUCGAAUUGUGGUAGACU